AUGGAAAAUAUAAAUCAAACAAUUGAUCAACAACUUAAUUAUUUAAUAAUUUAUUCAAAUUAUUUAUCAAAUCAAACAAAAAUACCAUCAAUACAACCUAUUUAUGAUAAAAGAGAAUCAUUAAAUAAUAGAAUAAAUAUUGGUUCAAUUAAUUUAUCAUCACUAUGUCAAAUAACAUGUUCAAAUCCAAAUUCAAGAUCACCUUAUAUAUUAAUACAAUCAAAUAAUAAUCUUCAAACAACAACAACAACAACAAUAACAUCAUCAUCAUCAUCACGUCAUUUACGUUCACCACCAUGGUCAUAUAGAUAUUUACCUAAUCAACAACGUUCUACAUUAACAUAA